CAUCAUCCGUCCGCUGGAUUCCCAUCGUCAGCUUCCAUCCCGAACAUAUGCAUGCGCCCACCUUCUCCUUCUUCCUCCAGGAGUUGAACAGAGGAGUGGAAAAUGGCACAGCGCGCGGUCUUGUUCCUCCUGUGGCUCUUCGACGCAUCCUCUGCGGGAUUUCCCAAUCAGAUUAACAUCGGGGGUCUCUUCAUGCGCUCCACCGUGCAGGAGCACAGCGCCUUCAGGUUCGCCGUGCAACUCUACAACACCAACCAAAACACUACCGAGAAACCGUUCCACCUCAACUACAACGUGGACAACCUGGAGUCCUCCAACAGCUUCUCGGUCACCCACGCGUUUUGCUCCCAGUUCUCCCGCGGCGUGUACGCCAUCUUCGGAUUCUACGACAAGAAGUCCAUGAACACCCUGACGUCGUUCUGCGGAGCUCUGCAUACCUCCUUUGUCACGCCCAGUUACCCCACCGACAACGAGGUGCAGUUUGUCAUCCAGAUGCGCCCCGCCCUUCGAGGUGCAGUCCUAAGUCUGCUCUCUCACUACAAGUGGCAGAAGUUUGUCUACCUCUACGACACAGACCGAGGAUUCUCCAUACUGCAGGCCAUCAUGGAGGCGGCGGUGGCCAACAACUGGCAGGUGACCGCUCGCUCCGUGAGCGGCACCACGGAUGCGUCAGAGUUCAGACGCAUCAUCGAGGAGAUGGACAGGCGGCAGGAGAAGCGCUUUGUGAUUGACUGCGAGGUGGACCGGAUCAACACCAUAUUAGAGCAGGUGGUGGCCCUGGAGAAGAACAGCCGCGGCUACCACUACAUUCUGUCUAACCUUGGAUUUUCUAAUGUAAGUUUGGACAAAGUCUUUGCCGGAGGAGCCAACAUUUCAGGGUUUCAGAUAGUCAACCCCGAGAACCCCAUUGUGCAGCAGUUUAUGCAGCGCUGGGAGCGGCUAGAUGAAAGAGAAUUCCCAGAAGCCCGGAACGCUCCUCUGAAGUACACUUCAGCGCUGACCCACGAUGCCAUCAUCGUGAUAGCGGAGGCCUUCCGGUACCUGCGGCGCCAACGCGUGGACGUCUCCCGCCGGGGCAGCGCCGGAGACUGCCUCGCCAAUCCUGCUGUACCUUGGAGCCAAGGCAUCGAUAUCGAGAGAGCUCUCAAAACGGUCCAAGUGCAGGGGAUGACGGGCAACAUCCAGUUCGACAACUACGGCCGCCGAACCAACUACACCAUAGAUGUGUACGAGAUGAAACUAGGUGGGCCAAGGAAGAUCGGGUACUGGAACGAGUUCACACGAUUUGUAAAUAUUAUGGACCUGCAGGUCACCAACGACUCCUCAGUGGAAAACCGAACGAUUGUGGUCACUACUAUUAUGGAAGCGCCUUAUGUGAUGUACAAGAAAAAUUAUAUGCAUCUGGAGGGGAAUGACAGAUACGAAGGCUACUGCGUCGAUUUAGCAUCUGAGAUUGCCAAACAUGUUGGAAUUAAGUACAAACUGUCUAUAGUAAUGGAUGGGAAGUACGGAGCCCGAGACCCAGAGACCAAGCAGUGGAACGGGAUGGUGGGUGAACUGGUCUAUGGGAGAGCAGAUAUAGCUGUUGCACCUCUCACUAUUACUCUGGUUCGAGAGGAGGUGAUUGACUUUUCCAAGCCAUUUAUGAGUUUGGGCAUCUCCAUUAUGAUAAAGAAGCCUCAAAAGUCCAAGCCUGGCGUUUUCUCCUUCCUGGACCCACUGGCCUAUGAGAUCUGGAUGUGUAUAGUGUUUGCCUAUAUUGGGGUGAGCGUGGUUCUAUUCCUGGUCAGUCGGUUCAGUCCCUACGAGUGGAACCUCGAGGAUCAGGAUGAGACAAAGGACGCUCAGAUGCCCCCUGACCCUCCCAAUGACUUUGGGAUCUUCAAUUCUCUCUGGUUCUCACUGGGCGCCUUCAUGCAGCAGGGCUGUGAUAUCUCCCCAAGGUCCCUGUCAGGACGUAUCGUUGGUGGGGUGUGGUGGUUCUUCACCCUCAUCAUCAUCUCCUCCUACACAGCCAACCUGGCUGCCUUCUUGACAGUGGAGAGGAUGGUCUCACCUAUAGAGAGCGCAGAAGAUCUGGCCAAGCAAACAGAGAUAGCCUAUGGCACUCUGGACUCAGGUUCCACAAAAGAGUUUUUUAGGCGAUCCAAAAUAGCCGUGUACGAGAAGAUGUGGUCGUACAUGAAAUCGGCUGAGCCCUCGGUGUUUGUUAAGACCACCCCGGACGGCGUGGCCCGGGUACGAAAGUCAAAGGGCAAGUUCGCCUUUCUCCUGGAGUCCACCAUGAAUGAGUACAUCGAGCAGCGGAAGCCGUGCGACACCAUGAAAGUGGGCGGGAACCUCGACUCCAAAGGCUACGGUGUGGCGACGCCCAAAGGCUCAGCAUUAAGAACUCCUGUAAACCUUGCAGUAUUGAAACUCAGUGAACAAGGCAUCUUAGACAAGCUGAAAAACAAAUGGUGGUACGAUAAGGGUGAAUGUGGAACCAAGGACUCUGGAAGUAAGGACAAGACAAGCGCUCUCAGCCUAAGCAAUGUGGCUGGGGUCUUCUAUAUUCUGGUUGGAGGGCUGGGGCUGGCCAUGAUGGUGGCACUCAUAGAGUUCUGUUAUAAGUCACGGCAAGAAACCAAACGGCUGAAAUUGGCCAAAAGUGCCCACAGUUUUAAGCCGACACCCCCAACCAACAGCCAGAACUUUGCCACAUACAGAGAAGGCUACAAUGUAUACGGAACAGAGAGUGUUAAGAUCUAGAGGUUUAACCAGCGUUCCCAUCGUCCCGUGCAAAUGUGAUUAAAUAUCUAUGGAAGGAUCGGAUAGCGAGAAUGGAGCCAAAAUCCUUUUUCGGGGACGGACUUCGGGCAUGAUGAUCUGCAAAGACGACACCACCGGACCGGUUAUGGGAAGAGCCGAUUUUUUUUCCGCCCCCUCCUCUCAGUGCCUUAAGGAAAGUCCAAUCAAUGCAACGCCUUCACAACGAUAUUUUUAUUUUUAUUAUUAUUUUAUUUAUUUUUUUGCUUGACAGUCACACAAAGGAGAAGAAUUGAGGGGUCGGUUAAGAAUCAGACAUGUAGAAACACGUGUUUAAGAGAGAAUUAAAGCCAUCAUUUGCAACCCCAAGCACAUUUUGAAGUGCCAGGCAGAAGACGAGGGAUCUGAUUGGUUUCUUGUAGGAAAAAAGUUUCGCCUCAUCCUCCUGCUGCCAGAUUUUCACUGGCUAAUGUAUUCAAAUGUCUUCUUUAUAUGUCCUCAGACACUGAUUAUUACACUAUUAGCUUUUAUACUGUCCUGGGUCACUCGCGGUGACCUUUCCCCCCUUGCCUCCCCGCCCUCUUUUAAUUGAUUCAUCUUUGAGAAAUGCCAUUCAAAACUGUUCCGAGUGUGUUUGUCGUACUAUUUCGGUGCUGCCGCCCCACACCGCAGAACCAGGUCAUGACACACACUUCCAAUACUGCCAAGUGUGUUUGUAUGUGUGUGUGUGUGUGUUGUUCACAGCAAGGCAAUCAUGUAUUGCCAAAAUUAUUCGGCCACCCAUCCAAAUGAUGAGAAUCAGGUGUCCUAAUCAAGCACCUCGGCACGGAGACGGUUUUCUACAAACAUUUUGUGAAAGACUUGGGCCGCUUUCAGUGAUUUCCAGCGUGGAACUGUCAUCGGAUGCUACCCGUGCAACAAUUCCAGCCGUGAAAUUUCCUCGCUCCUACAUAUUCCAAAGUCAACUUUAUUAUAAGAAAAGUGAGCGGUUUGGGAACAACAGCAACUCAGCCACCAAGUGGUAGGCCAGGUAAACGGACAGAGAGUGGUCAGGGGUGUCCAAAGUUGGGGCAUUUAUUUAAAAAUCCAAUACAAUAUAUGAAUAAAAAAUAUACAUUCAGGCCUCCACUCAGGCUUGAUCCUUGGGACCCCAAAGGGUUUUGGUAAAAAUAAAAUGUUAAAAAUGUGUCAUUAUUCAGUAUUACUAUUUAAGUUAUAAAUCUCUCGAUCAACUUUAAGUCUAUCAGUCAAUAUGACGUUUUUAAAGAUUUAAGUUGUAUGCUCUUUUUGUCAUGGGGAGAAAAAAAAAGCAAUAUUUUCACCCGAGAAAAAAAAAGCAAUAUUUUCACCCAAUAAAAUUUUUAAGUAGAAUGUUUGAGAUUAUAUCAUAAUUGGAGCCGUAAAAAUGUCAACAACUCAUAACACCAUUGAUUUUAACUCACUGUUAUUUUUUUGUGCAAUGACACCUAAAAACAAAACACACAGAUCCAAAAGGAUCCUACUUAUUAAAGUGUUAAAAAUUAAAAAACAUUUUUUUUAUUUUUUUUACUGUUUUACUUUUAACACAAUGGUCUCGAGAUCAACUUCAGAUCUAUUCGUCAAUUCUAAGUUUUUUGUAGUUUAUGUUUUUUUGCUUGUUCAUUUUAGGCCCUUUUUUUAAAAAAAACAAAAAAAAACAGUGUUUUAUUUGGUGAACACUAAAUAUGCAACAUUUGCCCCCGAAAAUAUCUCAAAGUGGAAUAUUUAAUGUGGCGAAAUUGGAGCCUUGAAUCGGUCAAUAAUUCAUAAUUGAUUUUGAUUCACAAUUUUUUCUUUUUAAAGAAAGAAACAGCCUGCAUGGCAGCUUUGUGUUAUUAGAGUAAACAUUGCAACAUUUUAUUGUUACAUGUCUUUUAUACCAUACAUUUUUCUCCAUAGUGUUUUUAAAAUGUGCCGUGGGGCCGUUAAAAAAAGACCUGCGGGCCGCACUUUGGACACCCCUGGCGUACUGCAGAGGCUUUCUGCACAGUCAGUUGCUACAGAGCUCCAAACUUCAUGUGGCCUUCCAAUUAGCCCACGUACAGUACGCAGAGAGCUUCAUGGAAAGGGUUUCCAUGGCCGGUCCGCUGAAUCUAAGGUAUAAAUCACCAAGUCCAAUGCAAAGCAUGGGAUGCAGUGGUAUAAAGCACGUCACCACUGGACUCUAGAGCAGUGGAGACGCCUUCUCUGGAGUGAUGGUUCACGGUUUUCUGGCAAUCUGAUGGACCAGUCUGGGUUUGGAGGUCGCCAGGAGAACGCUACAUUUCGGACUGCAUUGGUGGAGGAGGAAUUAUGGUGUGGGGUUGUUCCAGUGAAAGGAACUUUGAAUACUCCAGGAUACCACAACAUUUUGGAUAAUUCCAUGGGAUGGCACUUCAAGUUCAUAUGUGAGUAAAGGCAGGUGGCCAACUAAUUUUGUCACUAUAUAUUGUAUAUUUGGCUUUUUUUGUGCGCAGAAAAAAAAAAAAACGUAAGAUUGCCCACCCUCCAAAAUAUCUUCUUUUUUUACAAGGAAGUAGAACCAAAAAAAAAAAAAAAAAGUCAAGAUCCACUUCUGAAUCGAACUAAAAUCAAACAGAAAUGGCUUUCAAACUGUGCUAUGUGGUCUAUUUCAUCAGUGCAUUGUUAUAUUUUCUUUUACAAUGAACUGUGCUUUCAUUUUGGUUUGGUUUCAAGAGCAUUACAGUGAUUGGGGAUUUCACUUUGUAAAUUAAAAAAAAAUAUAUAUAUAUGAAUAAUAGGUGGCACCAAGGAAGGAAGCUUAAUUAGCACAUGUCCAUAUUGCUGUAAUCAUUUAUUUCCCAAAAGGCUGUGAUUCCAUAGGAUUUAGGAAGAUACUUAUUCAAUCACCUAAUACUAUGGGUAAAUAGUUUUGUAAGUAAAAAAACAAAAAAAACAAACAAGAUAAUGUGAAGAAAAUGUCGAGAUGUAUAAAUUUAGAUGAAUUAUUUAUAUUACAUGAUGAAUUUUUUUUUUUUAACAAUAAAAUGCAUGUAAUGCUUGAUGAGCUCUACAACUCAAAAUCUGACCUUAGAGUAGAAAUUCAGCCCCGUUGUUUUUUUUCUUUUUAUGUAAAAUGAGUUUUUCUUUUGUGUAACACUCACCCUUCGGAGAAAACAAACAAAAAAAAAAAAACAAUAUUACCGGGCAUAGUAGUGGGUGCAAAAGAGCAAAAGAUGCAUGCAUAAUUUACCGAAGCUCAUUAGCGAGGCGCUGUACAGAGAAUUUUAAUACAUUUUGUAAAUAAAAUGUACAGAAAAGGUU